UCCUUUCUCUCUCCCCCCCCCCCUCCCGAGGGGCCUCUUUCUUCCCCCCCUCCACCCUCGUGUGGGUGUCGCUCUUGUUCUCUCUCUCUCUCUCCCUCCCCCCAUCUCCUUAUCUCUCCUCCCUUGGGACUUUAUUUCUCCUGCUUGGUCCAAAAUCUUUUUUUUUUCCUGCUUCAUUUCUUGUCCAAGAUUGCUUCCUUUGGUUCCUUUUCUGGUGCUGUUCCGUCUCCAACAUCAAAUCUUUCCUGUCUUUCUCCACCAUUGUUCCCGCUGUAUGAGAUCAUCUCAGGAGGAGAGGAGUAGAUUGGGUGAUGGGGAAGUACAUGAAGAAGGACAAGAUCACAGGGGAGGUGGCGGUGAUGGAGGUCCCCCACCAAUCCUCCCACGGAGUCCGCACCCGGGCCAAAACCCUAGCGCUCCAGCGCCUCCAGAAGCCCAACCCAGACCCUGCCUCCUAUCUCGAGCUCCGAAGCCGCCGCCUCGAGAAGCCCUUCGUCGCCGCCACCGCUAGGGCUAAGGAGGCCUGCAAGGAGAAAUCGAGACCUGGCCCGAAGACCAGUUCCAACGUUAGCUCUAUGGGGAGCACCAGCCCUGGCGGCCGGCCGGCGGAGGGCCCAGUGAAUUCGGGCUCGGUGGGUUCGGUGUCGGCGACGAACCGCUGGUCGAAGAGGGGAGAUGCCUCGAUGGAGAUCGAGGUGUCCUCUGGGUUGAAUGUUAUCGAGCCCGAAUCUGGCAGAGAGACAACACCUUGCAGUUUGAUAAGGAAUCCUGAAUCUAUGGAGACCCCCAGCUCCACAAACAAACCAACUGAAUCAACCGCCAUCAGCAGGAGGCUGCGGAAAUCAGUACAUGGAAACAUCCCGACCGCCCUUGAAAUGGAAGAAUUUUUUGCUGGAGCUGAGCAACCCCAACAGAGAUUAUUUAAAGAGAAUUACAAUUUUGAUCCUGUAACCGAUCAACCACUUCCUGGCCGAUAUGAAUGGAUGAAACUGGACUGAUAGACAUGGAAGCUGAUCCUGUGUCUGCCUGCAUCUUCUCCAUUCAUCUCUGACCAGGACUGUCAAAUGCAGAUGCAAAGAAGAAACCAAGUGCAACAAGACCCGGUGCUUAGUUUAUUUUCUGUAACAUAUAGAACCUAUCAGUUCGAAGUGAAAGGGGACCAAAAUGGAAAAAGUAGUCAUAAAUCCAAAACCUUUCUAACAUAACAUUUAGGGGCUGACAGGGGUCCAUCAACUUUUCAGUUUUCUGAUAACACCAGAUAUGUAUCAGACUUUUGUGGCUUUGUGGGGUAUAUAGGGAGUUGUACUUCAAUUUGUAUCUUGUGCAUACAGGAACUGAUGAAACUGGAUGUCUCUUUGGGAAUAAAUUUGGCCCCAUUUGCACCUUGUCUUCUA